AACAUGAUUCGAGCAACAACCUCCGCCCAGGUGAAUACACCGAUGCGUACCCUGGGUUCAAACCGUGUUUAUGCCAUUAUGUAUCGGAGGAGUGAAGGUCCUGGCCCUCAUCGAGACUUUGCCGCCGUUAUCGCAGAAUUGGACGACGACAUAGUAGUCCUGAAAGAAGCAAAACAACGCAAUGAAUGAGAUGAUAGGCAGGAUAGUGUCCGACCACUCACCUUGAUAGUUUGUGUAACUAUCCCGAUUUGGUUGUGGGAAGAGGACUUGGUACGGAUAACGCGGACGCAAGUCCCUAUCUGAGGGUGGUGACGAGCGAGAAUGAUUGUCAGAGAAUGCGAGAAAUGAAGAAUAAUCAUAGCACAUACGUCGGAGACCGCAGAAGUUUGUACAGAAGACAUGGCUGCUGAAACGUUGAGAGGGCGGAAGAAUGAUUGAAUAACAUGGGGCGCAGUUCUUUUGUAUAGCCCGUGUAGACGCUAAAACUAGUCGAAAACAAAAACAUGAAGGUCGCGCGUUUGCG